AAGAGUGGUGGGGGAAAAAACGGCUGCAACUUCCGCGCUGAUCGGCUACGCCGAAGAUUUUGCUCCAUCAGCAAGCGGCACGAUCCCGGCAAUACUGGCACUCGAAAGUGCUCAAUUCGGCCGCCGAAAAGGAACAAAGCUGCUAGGAGGCAACUCGUGGGCAGGCGAUCUCUUCGAGCGUGAGAAGAAGCCGGAAGCAAGAUAACGCUCACCGGAACACCGAGCCAGCACCCGGUUACGGUGUGACCUGUUUGCCAAGCCAUUAGCAAACACGAAGAAAAGGGGUCAAAGCGACCUUUUUUUUUGUUACGGAAGAUAUUGUUCCGGGCUUACGUUUAUCGGCCAAUAGUUUACCGCCAUUUGAGGCAGGUUUGAAGCCCGUUCCGGAAAGUCCGGUUUGAGCCUCUUGUUACGGCUUUGAGUGCUAAAGGCCACGUUUUGUGGAAGUUUGUCAUUUCUUCGGAACGUUUUCGGAGCGACACACUGGCCAGCUCCUGAAUAUUAUUUUGACCUUGCCACAGCAGAGCUUGGUUCGGAAAGCACCGAUUUCACCGCAUCCUCGGCGGUCAGCGGAAAAGGAAAGUGCACUGUUGGUUUCCCGGAAGGUUUCCCGGAAGUGCGCCUGUGUGGCCCCAUCGGCUCGGCGUUUCUUUGGCCUUGAUGACCAUUAGUGCACGAGGAACAAACGUGGUUCUGCUACGGAAAUCGAAGCUCGGCAUUGAUUGCUGGGUUAUUUGUCGUGGGUCGAAGUUGUGCGAGGAUCCUUGGAGAAGAAGGAACAGGAAAGGAAGGCAAAGAGUGCUCUGUCCUCAUCGACAGCCAAAAGUGCACCCACAGGGCGACCUGCUCGGUCCUCAUCGACUGCCGGAAGUGCACUUACAGAGCGUUUCGCGCUGUUCUCAUCACCAGCAGAAAAUCGGAACGAUUUCAACAACAGCUCAACGGAAGCACGCAGAAAAGUGCAUCACAUUGGUCGACCGAUUGCAACAAGUGAAUAGCGGGUGGUGCGGAUCCUGCUGUGCGCCUCAAGCGUGCACCGGGGCAAGGUGCAUUCAUGCAUCUUCCGAGCAUCCGUCCCAAGAGAAUUCCCGAUCAGGUCGGAGUGGAACACACGGGAAUCAGUUCGACGGUUCGAGGCGGAGAAAACAGGGACAUGAAAUUCAACUCGCCACUGCCAACCUGCAUGCAUCGAAGCCAACGAGAUCAACGAAGCAACACAGCACAUACGAUAUUCGAGCGAAGUCGCAAACUAUUUAGAAUUUACCCAUUUCCCCAUAAACAAUAAGAAGCGUGCAAUCAAGAUUUGAACGAAUUCACACACCCCUGGCCAAAGAUAAACAAACAAAUCAGAAAAGGAUUCGGAACGUGAAAAACUGGCAUCCGUGGACAGAAAAAUAGACGCUUGAAAGUUGGCAACAUUUGUGCUGUCAAGUUCUUGCUUCCGUGAGAAGAAGAGUGAAAAAAAGAGUGGUGGGGGAAAAAACGGCUGCAACUUCCGCGCUGAUCGGCUACGCCGAAGAUUUUGCUCCAUCAGCAAGCGGCACGAUCCCGGCAAUACUGGCACUCGAAAGUGCUCAAUUCGGCCGCCGAAAAGGAACAAAGCUGCUAGGAGGCAACUCGUGGGCAGGCGAUCUCUUCGAGCGUGAGAAGAAGCCGGAAGCAAGAUAACGCUCACCGGAACACCGAGCCAGCACCCGGUUACGGUGUGACCUGUUUGCCAAGCCAUUAGCAAACACGAAGAAAAGGGGUCAAAGCGACCUUUUUUUUUGUUACGGAAGAUAUUGUUCCGGGCUUACGUUUAUCGGCCAAUAGUUUACCGCCAUUUGAGGCAGGUUUGAAGCCCGUUCCGGAAAGUCCGGUUUGAGCCUCUUGUUACGGCUUUGAGUGCUAAAGGCCACGUUUUGUGGAAGUUUGUCAUUUCUUCGGAACGUUUUCGGAGCGACACACUGGCCAGCUCCUGAAUAUUAUUUUGACCU